AUGUCAGAACACGAGGAAAUUAGUGACGUUGAGGAGGUGGAAGAGGUUUUGCCGCCCGUCACCAAUCGCCAGAUGAGCUCGGAUGAGGUCAAGCGGCUUGCGCAGGAGCGGGCCAAGAUCAGACAGCAGUCGAAGGCGUAUUCGCAGCCUGUUGAUGAGGACGGUGUUCCCUUGGAUGUGAAGAAAGCGGAGGAAUAUUUGGAACAACCGAUCAAGGAACAGAAAGAUGUGGAAUUGGCCGAGAGAUUGCUCAAGAGGAAACGCGAAGAGGAUCUGGGAAUCGAUGGAGACAGUGACGGCGAGGAUAUUGGCGAGUUAUUGGAUAUGUUUGGAAUCGAGGUGGAGGAGAUUUCCACAAAGAUGAACAUGAACCAACGACAGCAGCUACUGGUGGAAAACAUGGACUCGGAACAGCUCAGCAGGUAUGAGUAUUUCAGAAGAACGAACUUGAACACGGGAGGAAUCAAGAAACUGGUCAAUAGUGCGAUUGGCUACAACGUCGGAACAGACUUUGCCAAGAUCCUGGCCGGUGUCGGCAAAGUUUUUGUGGGAGAGGUGGUGGAGAAGGCGAAAGAGGUGCAACGAAGACAGAACGAGGCGCGCGUGCUGGAACAGCUGCAGCACAAACGAGAAUUGAAAGCAUACGAAGACGAACUGGAGAAACUCGAUUACUCCGAAAUACCAAACGUUCCCGACCUUGGCAAAGACCGCACCACUUACGAUAACUACCGGAUCAAGAUCCCGGACGACGAAGACCAGCUCACCCCGGACCACAUCCAAGAGGCCUGGAGAUUGUUAAUGGCCGAGAAUCACACAAUUCUGGAGCCCCGCCAGGAAAGCAGCUCUCUCGUCUGGGUUAAGACCAGCAAGAACUCUCUUUUCAAGGUUAGGGAUAUCGGACAUUCCGUACCAACCAAUAACGAUGAUACCGACAACACCACUGACAGCAGAGAACACCAGAGCGACAAUACCUCUGGCAGUGAAACCAGCAGGAAGAGCUUUUUCUUGGACGUUUUGACCAGUAAGGUCGAAGAAGUCCUUGUCGUUACCAGCAGCAUUACCAACGUAGCUCAUGUUGACGUUUUCACAGACCUGCUUCCAGUUAUCAGUCAAGGUCUCGUUGGCUUGGAUUCCAAGAGGAUCCUCAAUGAACACCAUGGCAAGACCUUGGAUCAAGUGCCAUUCAAUAUGGCAAUGGAAGAACCAGACACCUGGGUUGUCAGCCUUGAAUCUGAUCACAAAGUAGGACUGAGGUUGCACGUACAAGACGUCUCUCUGCAUUGGAUAUUCAGGAACAUCGUACGGAGCAGACUCGUUGUAACUGAUUGGAGAAGCUUCGUCGCUGUAGUCUGGACCUCUUUCAAUGACCUGGAACACGUGACCGUGCAAGUGGAACGGAUGCUUACCUGUAUCCUGGUUGUUGAGGACAAUUUCCACGAUUUCGUCUUUCUGCAGGACAAUCGAGUGGGUGUUGGUUCCGUAAACAGUAGCAUCCGUAGCAUUUUCACCAGCAGACAUGACGGUAGCAAGAGCAGGAACAACUGGAGCAACAUAGGAAACUCCAGAGAAGAAGGCAUAGUUAACACCGUUUCCAAGGUUGUCCAUGACAACGUCCAGAGUGACCUGAUAAUCAUAGCUGUCGUAAGCUUCUUUCUUAUCCAGAGGAACAAGGUAGAAGUCGUCAAAGUAAGCAGUGUCAUAAUUGUCAAUGGUGUACUCGUCUGUGAAGGUGUGGUCCUCCAUGUAAAGGUACUGAGAAACGAAACCACCAAUGUUAAUCAGACGCACCAAAUAGGUUGUAUCUGGUUUGACGUGCCAAGUGUUGUUUCUGGUGUUGUUCAUCAGCAGGUUCUGAGGAAUUGGCUCAGCACCAGUUGGGUUGUACACAUUCAAAAAGCUGGAAGUCAAAGUAUUAACGUCAUCAUGGUACCAUUCAGUCAAGGAAAUGACAACUUCCUCAUCCCAUUCGUAUGGAGGAUCAGGGUCCUCAAUCACAAAAGUACCUCUCAUACCGUCCAUAUAUUGACCAGAAGUAUGGGAGUGGUACCAGAAAGAACCGACUUGAUCAGGAACAGUAAAGUUGUACAACAUGGUGUCACCAGGAGCAAUAGGACACUGAGUGAGCAAAGGAGGACCGUCCAUUUGGGUGCUGUGUUCUUGGAACAGACCGUGGAAAUGCAAUGUGGUAUUAGCAUCCGUGAAUCCGUUCGUCAGGUACAGCUCGACACGAUCACCCUUGUUGACCCUGAUGUCAGGCCAUGGGAAUUCACCGUUACAAGAAAUAACUGGUCUUUCAUAAGUUCCGUCGGGAUUUGCAUUGACCCAACCGGUAGUCCAGUUGAAAACAUGGGUUUCUGCCAAAGCAGCAGCUGCAAAAAAAGCUGA